AUGGCUGUGCAAGAUGACAAGUUCCGAUCCUGCCUCCUUGAAUCAAGUGAACAGGAUGACACUUCAAAUUCAACACCUUCACAUGCGCCCGAACUUUUAUGGGAAGUCGAGAACACAAUCGAAAUAUUCAUUGGACAAGUUGACAGCUGGGACUCUUUGAUUACGCCCUUGGAAUAUACGGUUGACGACGAUAUAGAUGGAAUGCUCGAAUUAGAGUGGAACGUCUGGAAUGUGAAAGAAGAGAGUGCUAAUGAGGUUAUCAAUACUCUCUUCCCCUCACUCAGCAGCGCCAGUCGUCUCCACAAGAGCCAGAGGAAAGAAGGCAGAUCCCCGAAGAAAUCCACACAAUUGUCGCCCCCCGUCAUCCAGGAGAAAUCAUCUAUUUUAUCCAGAAAAUCAACUUCGGAUCUCCCAAUCCCUCGUUCACACAGUAUACAAAGGCCUCCAUAUGAAAUGAAGAAAGCGAAAUCACUUCCUACCAUACUUGGAAGCACUUCUUUCGCUUUACUCGAGGGAGCUUCUAAUACUCUUCGACAGCUUAUUCCAGGAUUAAACAAGACUCCGAUAUACGAGGAACCAGAGAAAUAUGGUUCGGCUUCAGUCAAAUCUUCUUCAGCUUCUCGUCGUUCAUCAAAGACUUAUAAAACCUAUCAUUGUUAUUGCAAAAAUAAAACGAUUGCAGGCGAUUCCGGAAGUACCCCAAGUUCCAGUACGAGCUCGAGUACCGACUCGGCUGCGAGUUCAUCAAGUGAUCAAUCCAUCUGGUCGCUUGUAACUUUGAUCUCAUCUUCAAAUGAAUCAUCAUCCCUAGAUCCUCAGACCGGCGAUGAGCUGAAACGACGUUCACUCGUUCCAUUCGUCAACGAUUUCAAGCCAAAAUCGAGAUUACAGGAAAGAAAGGAUGAUUCAAGGACAGCCUUGAAACCUAGAGUCAGAAAAUACUCCAAAGAGAUUCAAUUGGAAAAAGCUGAGAACCACAAAGCGAGGCUGAAGGAUCAACAGAAGCUUCGAAGAGAGGUUGAGUAUCUACGAGGUGGAAAAUUGUCCGCGUGGAGAGCACGUCUUUCACCUGUCUAUUCUCAAAUGUCGAGGGAGAUCAAGAGGAUCGAGAAGAAGGGUGUUCCUUGGUGGUUGUAUGAUCUUCAAGUACAUUUCGAUAAAAUCGUUCAAGUUUAUGGUGGAACGACAGAACUCCAUAGCGGAACAAUAGGAACGCCAACGGAGAAUAUAAUUGGUAUGACGGAAGACGUGUUUUUGGACAAGAUCCAUUCAUUAUAA